AUGUCAGAAGAAGCUGUUACUGAGGCACGAUUUUCUCUGAAGACGGUAGCUUUACGGGUAUUUCAUCUUCCCCUUUCUUGGUAUUAUUCUCUUAACCAGAUAAAGCUUUCCCCUGGGUUAAAGAAGCUGUUCACAGUAACAGCAGUGAGUGCAAUAUCUGUUAUUUUUCUGGCCCAUCAUUUUAAAAGAAGACGUGGAAAGAAAAACAAGAAAGUGCCACCAUGGGAACCAAGUCAUCUAGUAUUAGAGUGUACCAAAGCAGCUGCAUCAGAAAAAGGUUCUAGUUGUUCCAGUAGUCGGCAAAACUUGACUCUUUCUCUGAGCUCUGCCAAGGAAAAGGGAUCUCAGCCUUGUAUCUAUGCAAAUGGAGGACUUUUCAGUAAAUACUCCGGUUCAGUUCAGAGUCUGGCCUCGGUUCAGAGUGCCACCUCUUGUCACAGUUGUGCUUGUGCCAAUUCUAAUUCCUGGGAUAAAGCAGAUGAAGAUGAUAUUAAACUUGUCAAUAUUCCAGUGACCACACCUGAAAAUUUAUAUUUGAUGGGUAUGGAGCUUUUCGAAGAAGCACUGCGUCGAUGGGAGCAGGCGCUAACUUUCCGUAACAGGCAAGUUGAAGAUGAAGCAAGUUGUGGUUCCAUUAAGCUGGGAGCAGGAGAUGCAAUUGCAGAAGAAAGUGUAGAAGAUAUCAUUAGUGCUGAAUUCAUUCAUAAGCUUGAAUCCCUUCUUCAAAGAGCUUAUCGUCUUCAGGAGGAGUUUGAGGCCACCCUUGGGGCCUCUGAUCCUGCUUCUCUAGCUAAUGAUAUUGAUAAAAAUACAGACAUUACUGUAAAGGAUAAUACAGAUGACUUCUGCCUUCGAGAUACAUUAAGCAUUGCAUCAACCGACUCCUUUGUUUCCACAGCUGAGCUUACAGAGCACAGAGAGAUUCGCAAUACAUAUGGUCUAGAUUCCCUUUGCCAUUGCCCAUUGUAUGAAGAAGCUAUGCACUUAGCAGAAGAAGGCAAAAUUUAUUCACGAGUGUUAAGGACCGAAAUGUUUGAAUGUCUAGGAGACAGUGACUUCCUUGCUAAGCUUCAUUGUAUUCGACAAGCUUUUCAGAUAAUUCUUUCAGAAACAGCAAACAGAAUAUUUCUUGCUGAAAGUGGAAGAAAAAUUUUGUCUGCUUUAAUUGUGAGAGCACGAAAGAAUCCAAAGAAAUUUGAAGAUGUCUUUGAUGAAAUGAUACAUUUUUUGGAACAAACAGAUCACUGGGAUAAUACUGAAAUGGAACUUGCUGCUAGAGGAGUGAAAAACCUGAAUUUUUAUGAUGUUGUUCUGGACUUCAUAUUAAUGGAUUCAUUUGAAGAUUUAGAAAAUCCACCAAUAUCUAUACAGAAUGUAGUAAAUAACCGCUGGCUAAAUUCCUCUUUUAAAGAAACAGCUGUGGCUUCAAGCUGUUGGUCAGUACUGAAGCAGAAAAGACAGCAAAUGAAGGUGCCUGAUGGAUUUUUUGCACAUUUCUAUGCUAUAUGCGAACAUAUCAGCCCUGUUCUGGCGUGGGGCUUUUUGGGCCCUAGAAAUUCCCUUUAUGACCUAUGCUGCUUCUUCAAGGAUCAAGUGCUUUUCUUCCUCAAAGACAUUUUUGAUUUUGAAAAGGUGAGAUACUCAACUAUGGAGAGUUUGGCUGAAGAUCUUAUGCAAUUAUUAAUCCGACACACUGAACUUUUAAUGGCCUAUCUUGGAGCAGAUUCGCUAAGACAUGUCAGUUCUUGUGUAAGCGGUCACGGGCAUGUCAUGACCAGCGGGCUCUUAGAAGCAAAAGUACAGUAA